CCUCCUGCCUUAACCCCGACACCCUCCUGUGUGUGUCUGUGUGUGUCUGUGUGUGUGCGCGCAGUCAAGGUGCAGCGUAGUCCCCGCACCCUUCCCUGGGAGACUGGAGGCUCCGCCCCCAUCCUCCCCCCCUACCACUACAACACGUACCACCCCGACCAAUCAGCUGCCAGAUCACACAACCGCCAUACAAACAACCCCCCUCUGAGCCACUCGUUCUCUCCCGGCUCCAUGUCGGCUUACAGUCUCUCGUCCCUCAACAUGAGCACAAUGCCCCGGAACAUGUAUCCCACAAGUCCAAGGGGCACGCUGAUGAGGAGGAAAGGCAAGAAGAAGGACUUCAAGAGCUCCUUGUCUCUGGCCUCCAGCACCGUUGGUCUCGCCGGUCAGGUCGUACACACGGAAACCACGGAGGUGACGUUGCUAGGCGACGGCGUCAUGGGGUUCGGCCUGCAGCUGCAGGGCGGCGUGUUCGCCACGGAAACGCUGUCCUCGCCGCCGCUCAUCGCCUACAUCGACCCCGACAGCCCGGCGGAGAGGUGUGGCAUCCUGCAGAUUGGUGACAGGAUUUUGUCCAUAAAUGGAGUUCCCACUGAGGACUCGACUCUGGAGGAAACCAAUCAGCUGCUCAGAGACUCGUCCAUCACGGCUCAGCUCACGCUGGAGAUCGAGUUCGACGUAGCCGAGUCCGUCAUUCCCAGUUCAGGAACGUUUCACGUGAAGCUGCCCAAGAAACCAGGAGUGGAGCUGGGAAUCACCAUCAGCUCUCCGUCCAACAGGAAACCAGCUGAUCCUCUGAUCAUCUCUGACAUCAAGAAAGGCAGCGUGGCACACAGGACGGGGACCCUGGAGCUCGGAGACAAGCUAUUGGCCAUUGACAACAUCCGGGUGGAGAGCUGCUCCAUGGAGGAAGCCGUCGACAUCCUGCAGCAGUGCGAGGAGCUCGUCAAGCUGAAGAUACGUAAAGACGAAGACAACUCGGACGAACAGGAAGUCUCCGGCAACAUCAUCUACACGGUGGAGCUGCAGCGGUACGGAGGCCCGCUGGGCAUCACCAUCUCCGGCACCGAGGAGCCCUUCGACCCCAUCGUCAUCUCCUCGCUGAGCAAAGGAGGGCUGGCCGAGAGGACCGGAGCCAUCCACGUCGGCGAUCGUAUCCUGGCGAUCAACAGCAGCAGCCUGAAGGGGAAACCUCUGAGCGAAGCCAUCAGUCUGCUGCAACAAGCAGGAGAGACGGUCACCCUGAAGAUCAAGAAGCAGGGCGACCUGUCAAGCCCCAAGUCUGGUGUGAUUGGUCCAGGCCUCGGGACGGGGGCGGGGCUUUUCCACGAGCACCAGGACGGGUUGGACGAGCCCGUCGUCAUGGUGGCGCCCCUGCCCGGCCAGCGGGCGUUCAGCGCGCUGCCGUCGGUGGACAGCGCCGUGGAGUCCUGGGACGGGUCCAACAUGGACGGCAGCUUCAGCACGCCGGCGCCGCCGUUUCAGUCAUGUCCGUACACUUUUCAUGAGUGGCGCAACACCAAGACGAGCAACAGCCAAUCGUCUUCCUCCACCCGGCAGAAGGCCAAUCCGCUGUCAGAUCUGGGCCUGAUCGACGACGACUGGGACCGCCCACCAAUCGGAGGAGGCUGCAAUCUGCCUAGCGGUCUAAUCACUGACAGCAGGUUCACCGUGGGACACGAUGGGACAGAACCGGACCAGGAGGAGAACUUCUGGUCUCAAGCUCUGGAGGACCUAGAGACCUGCGGCCAGAGCGGCAUCCUCCGAGAGCUGGAGGCAACCAUCAUGUCCGGCUCUAGCCUCAGUCUCAACCAUGAUCCCACCCCCCUGCGCAGCACACUGGGACGCCAGGCGAGCUUCCAGGAACGCAGCAACUCCAAACCGCAGGUGACCAAUCGUUCCAGCACCUUACCCUCUGACCCCCAGCGCCGAGCCUUCGCCAUGAGGAAGAUGAGGCAGGAAGUCAAUGAGAUCCUGAACCAGAACCCUGUAGAGCUCCACAAGCUGACUCUAGAGAAGCUCUCAGACAUGGAGGACUUUGGGUUCAGUGUCUCUGACGGGAUGUUGGACCGCGGCGUGUACGUGAACAACAUCCGACCGGGGGGGGCGGCAGAGCGAGGAGGCCUCCGAGCCUACGACCGAAUACUACAGGUACUAAACACACGGGUUGGCAGUGUUAGUAGAACGU